UUGUCUGUCACAUUGUGAAUGUCCCCAUGGACUGUCACACCGUGAUUGUCCCUGUGAUUGUCACACCGUGAUUGUCCCCACGAUUGCCACACCCUGCUCGUCCCCCCAGCAUGGACAAGCUGCACCUGACCCUGGCUGAGCUGUCCCUGAGCCUCAACCACGUCCCCAACUUCACCGUGUUUGGGCACACGGUGACACCGGCAGAGUACCUGAGCAGCCACCUGGAGACACGCCUGACCAGGUACCUGGAGGCGCUGCUGCGCCAGGCCAGCACGGGCGCCGUGCUCCUGUCCCCGGCGCUCCAGGCCUUCACCACGGUGCCGCGCGAGGAGCAGCCCCCGUUCAGCGCCGCCGAGUUCUCCGACGUCUCAGAGAUGAGGGCGCUGGCCGAGCUCAUCGGGCCCUACGGGAUGAAAUUCCUGAGCGAGAACCUGAUGUGGCACGUGGGGUCCCAGGUGACAGAGCUGAAGGGGGAGGAGAGGCCGGCGCUGCUGCCCCGCCUGACCUCGGCCGAGAACGUCCUGAAGCGCAUGACCAUCAUCGGCGAGAUCCUCAGCUUCCGCGCCAUGGCCCAGCAGGGCCUCAGGGAGGUGUUCUCCCAGCGCUGCCCCUUCCUGAUGGGGCCCAUUGAGAGCCUGGCGGACGUAGUGACCCCCGACACCGACAUCCAGGUCACCCUGAGCAUCUUCGAGCUGGCCUCGGCCGCGGGGAUCCCAUGCGAGGUGGACCCGGCGCUGGUCACUGCGCUGGCCGGCACCAGGACAGAGGGCUCGUCCCCCGAGGAGGAGUACAAGGUGUCCUGCCUGCUGCUGGUGUUCGUGGCCGUGUCCCUGCCCCUGCUGGCCGCCGACCCCGCGUCCCAAUACAGCCCCGAGCUGGACGGUUUCACCAACAACCUGCACUGCCUGGCCAAGGCCAUUGUCCAGCUCUCGGCCGCGCUCUUCACUGUCCACAACAAAAACAUCGAGAGCCACCUGAAGGAGUUCCUGCUGCUGGCCUCUCUCAGCCUCCUGCAGUUGGCCCAGGAGCCGGACAAGGCGCGGCUGCGGAACCACGACUCCAUCGUGCUGCUGCUGCAGCUG